AUGCAAGACGAUGAGCACAUUAAAGUAUUAGGAAUAAUUUGGAAUCUUAAAUUAGAUAUAUUUCAAUUUCGCGUCACUCUACCAUCGUCAUCCGCCUGCACCAAACGAGUCAUUCUGUCGACAACUGCUAAGUUUUUUGAUCCAUUAGGAUGGGCUACCCCUGUCACUGUCACAGCCAAAAUUUUCUUGCAACGAUUGUGGGCACUUCAUUGCCACUGGGAUGAUGAAAUCCCUCGCCAACUUCUUGAUUGUUGGAUGGACUAUUAUAAACGACUUCCGUACCUUAAUGCUCUGAGCAUACCGCGCUGGACCACUUCCAGUUCUCAGACCGUACACCGCGCCCUUCACGGUUUUUCCGACGCAUCGACAGCAGCUUACGCUGCAGUGGUGUAUCUUCGCACCGUCAGUCACGACGGCUCCGUUACCGUAACUCUUCUAACUGCCAAAUCAAAAGUGGCCCCUCUUAAAACAAUAAGCGUUCCCCGCUUAGAAUUGUCCGCUGCAAUGCUCCUCGCGCGGUUAAUUCAAUUUACGCGCUCAGCGCUUCAGCUCCCGAAUAUAGAGUGUCAUUGCUGGACUGACUCCACCAUUACACUUGCCUGGUUGGCUCAGUCACCUUCCCGAUGGAGAACCUUUGUAGCCAAUCGUGUUUCGACUGUUCAAUCACUAAUCCCCGAAGUACCAUGGCGUCAUAUCAUGACGCAAACAAAUCCAGCGGACUGCGCAUCACGCGGUCUCGCUCCCGACUUAUUGGAGAAACAUGACCUGUGGUGGUCAGGCCCUCCCUGGUUACGACAACCUCCCGAGUCUUGGCCUCAUUUGUGCCCUUCGGUCCCUUCCAAUGCUCCUCUGGAACACCGCUCGGAUCCCCCAGUAUGUGCCUUACAUGCCACAUCAACCUGGGAUCUCGAGUCUCGUUAUUCUUCGUGGCCAAAAUUACUAAGGAUCACCGCGUAUCUUUAUCACUUUCUGAAUCGACUCCGAGCUUGUAAAGAUUCACAAUUUUGUGCCGUCACUUUGAUUCCCAAAAAAAUUCAACAAGCCAAGAGUUACUGGCUUGGUCGGAUGCAGUCGCACAUGUUUCCGAGUGAGAUCGCAGCUCUAAAUCAACAGCGUCCGUUGCCAAAAAACAGCCCGCUAUCAACUCUGAACCCUUAUUUAGAUAAGGAGGGACUUAUUCGUUUGCGGGGAAGACUCCGACGAGCCAACCUCCCAGGAGCGACGAAGAAUCCCCUCGUCUUGCGUUCACACCCGCUGGUGGUACUCAUUAUCCAGCAUCAUCACCUUCGGAUGCUGCAUUCCGGCGUUCAAUUAACGCUCGCAUCAUUGCGAAGCGAAUUCUGGAUUCUCCGUGCCCGCGCUACAGUUCGAGGCGUUCUUUAUAAAUGUAUACAAUGUACGCGAGAACGUGCCGACAUACCUACUGGGGGUCAAUUGUGUAUCUUUGUCGACUUUCCUCACUUCUCGUACUUUCAUGUCACAUGA